AUGUUGGUGCCAUGUACCAUCCCAAUAUGUGCAGCGUGGACUGAUGACUUGAUGAAGAAAAGGGUGCAUGUAGAAUUGCAUGAUUAUGGUGAUUUUGGACUAGCUAAUGUUCAAGAAGAUGAAAGGGGGAAAGAUGCACAUGAAGACCCUGGUAAUCCAGUAAAUGAAGUUGAAGAAGAGACUACUGAUGAAAUUAUAGCAGAAUAUAAUGCAGCGGAGAGACAAAUUCACCAAUUGCUUCGAAUAAUGAGAGGAGCAAUUGAUAAACUAGCAAAGCGACAUAAUACAAAUAAAACCCCAUCAUCUUCUCAUCAAAGCAGAAGUCAUAAUCAACCUGAUAUCAAUGAUUCUUUCCCAUCACCACCACAUGCUUAUGGAUCGCCACUGAAUGAUUGUUUUGCUCAUGGUGAAGAUAAUGCAGGCCCAUCGACCUCACAGCCAGCAGCGCAGCAUAGCAUUGAGGAUGAAGUUCAGAUGAAUGCUAUUAUUCCUUACGAGACUAGACAUCCUCCAAUACGUUCAUAUCGGCUACGUCGACAUGCUACUGCCCUACAAUCACCAUACGUGGUACAACCGUCAAUCAAAUUUUCAGCGUCUUCAUCUGUAGCAAAGCAAGUUUUGGCAUAUGAAUUGGACGAUACACGUGAUGAAAGCCAAAUAUUAUGUUCCAUGCACAAUUUCUUCUUGACAAGGUUUGACUUGAAAUGCUUGGGACCCGAAAAAUUGGUUGACAAUAAGGUAUUCAUAUUUAGUUAUGUGAAGUUAGGAUAA